GACAGGAAACCAUAUUCGUGACACUUGUUUCCUCUUUUUCCACUGAUGUGUCACAGUCGCUUGCUUCAGAGCAACUGUAUCAGGUUUAGGCACUCUCAGUGAAACCUGUGUUAACUUAGAGAUGAGAAGGAAAGCAAAAGGAUUGAUCUGUUUAAGGAUGGUAGACUUAUGGUGCCAAAAGUGGAACCUUCUACUAUUGUUUUGUCUCAUUGGACUCCUGCAGUGGGACCUGUGCAGCGGUCAGCGUCUGGUCCAGAUCCAGGAAGGUCCUCUGUAUAGAGUAAAAGGAUAUCCCAUCUUCAUAUCCUGUAAUGUUAGUGGGUUUAAAGGCUCACCACUGCAGGAUUUUCAAUUCAUUCUUAAGAAAGGAAAUAUCGAUAUAAAUAUGAUCAGCACUUUUGACACAGACUUUCCCUACAGAAUGUACUCUGAUAGGGUAACAAAUAAAGAUAUUGAGAUUCAAAGGUUGUCAGGAUCUUCAGUUCUCUUGAGGAUCAAUGAUUUGAUGGAGGAGGAUGCCGGGGAUUUGUUUUGUGAGACGCUAAACACAGAUGGCAGUUACUUUGGAAGUUAUGCUGCCGAAACAAAGCUUAAUGUGAUUGCAGACACCCUGGAGGCAUCAUACUCUGGCUCUCCUUCUCAGAGCUUGUCUGAAGGUGAUCCUCUUCAGCUUGAGUGUCAGGUCUUCAGCCAGACUUUUCAACAUACUCAUCUGUCGGUCACCUGGUUUCUCCAUGGUGAAGAAGAUGAAAACCCCCGGCCAGUCAUUACUCUGGACAAAGAUCUGACUGUAAAGCCAGGAGCUGGAUUUGAGGAUCGCUAUGGUUCUGGUCUUAUCAGCAUGGAUAAGGUGGAGGACACAACCUACAGACUGAAGAUGUCUCAAGUGCAGCAGUCAGACCAAGGCAAGUUCUUCUGCAAAGCCAUUGAGUGGAUCCAAGACCCAGACCGCUCCUGGACACAGAUUGCCUACAAAACCACCCCAGCAUGCGACGUGGAGAUCAAAUUACUUGUGGCCCCUGAUGUGGGCUCGUUCAGUGUAAAUCUGAAGGUUUCAAAGGGGCCAUUAAAGGAGGGAGAUACACUAGACAUCCGUUGCAGUGUGAAUGCACAAAACCUUCCUGGUCAUUUCUUCUCUGUGACUUGGCUGAAGAACCAGCAGAAAGUGGCCCAGAUUGGAUCUUCUGGGGUGCUCACUGUCUCUGACAGUUACAAAGAGAGAGAGAAUGCAGCAGAGAUGAAAGCAGUGAAAACCAGCCAGAUGGACUAUCUGCUGACCAUCCGUUCGGCUCGGACUGAGGACCAGGGACAAUACCAGUGUGAAGUAUGGCAGGAAAACAUGAAUGAAGAUGGCAUCUUCACAAAAAUACAAAAAAAAAUGUCCAGUCCAGAGACUGUGAGCAUCACAGCUAAAGAGAGUGAUCUGGCGGUGUUGAUGGUGAUGAAUGACAUGGUGACUGAGGGAGAUGCACUACGGGUCACCUGCUCAGUGACGGGGUUCAAAGGUCCUUUAUCAGUGUCAUGGCAACACAAGAAAGACUCCGGGGUUUCCUUCAGUGAUGUCAUUAGUCUGACCCAUGAGGGAGUGAUGAAAGAUGUUGGGGCAAGAUAUCAGAGAAGAAAUAUCCAAACACUUCAUUCUCCAGCUGGAAACUUUACUCUGGAGAUUGGUGCAGCUGCAACAUCUGACAGCGGCGAAUAUAAGUGCAUUGUGUCUGAAUGGACAGUACAGAGCAAUGGAGAGAUUAAAAAGGCCAACACUCAAUCUCAGGAAAAAGCCAUUCCAGUGAAUUCUGUUGAAUCUCUAAUGAGGAUGAGCUUAAAAAGUCGUACAACAAAUGUGCCAAUAGAUUCUCCAGUAGAGCUGCUAUGCACAGUCAGAGGGCCUAAAGCGUCUUUGGCUGUACGCUGGAUGUUUCAGCCUCACAAUUCAACUGUUCAAACAAACAUUUUAUCCAUACGCCACACUGGGGAAAUGACCUGGACAGCAGAUCAGAGAAACUAUCAGCUGUCUAUUCAAGCUCAACCGACAGAGACUCGUUUUAUUCUCAUGAUUCCAAGAGUCAGCAAGAAACAAGAAGGACAGUACCAGUGUCAAGUUGAUGCCUAUCAAAAUGAUGUUCAGAAAGCAGAGAAAAUCUCCAACUCGUUAGCUGUGACUGUACAAAAACCAGUCAGCAAGAUGAGACUGAACCCACCCACCCCUCAUCUGGAAACCACUGUCAACACUGAUGCAAAGCUUGAAUGUUCAGUCACGAAGACAACCACAAAUACCUCUCGUUUCACAAUAACAUGGAGUUUUGGGUCCCAGAUGCUCUUAACUAUGGACUUAGAUGCUGUUGUCAAGUUUGGCCCUGCAGCUGGCCUAGAGAUGGACCAGAGGAUCCGUAUGGACAUAAGAGAGAAACAGAGCUUCCAGCUGAAUAUACAACAGACCAGAACAUCUGACAGUGGGAAAUAUGAUUGUGAGGUGGAAGAGUGGCUUCAGGAUCCUGUUGGUGACUGGUAUUCCCUGAAGAAAAUGUCUGUUUCCACAGAGCUGGUUGUCAAACAGGAAGCCAGUGAUUUCAAAAUGAAUAAAGCUAGCACUCAGCUGACGGUUGAAGAGGGAAAGCAGCUAAAAUUGAAAUGCUCAGUGGAUGGUAUUGUGUCUGAUUCCACCUUUCGUUACUCCCUUAACUGGGUGUUUGACCGAUAUCAGUCCUCCAGUGUGCCACUUCUGACAUAUAGCCAUGAUGGCCGUCUGAACUACAACAGUUAUGAUUCAGAGCUUGAGAGACGACUCCACUUCUUCACCCCAGAAUUAGGAAUCUUUUACUUGAAUAUCCAUAGAGCUAUAGAGGAAGACACGGGGCGCUACUACUGCCAAGUUCAACAGUACCAGCUGGAUUGUAAAGGCAAAUGGUCACUUAAGGCAAGUGACAAGUCAGGUUUUACCAGUGUUACUGUUCAGCUAACAGAGAGCAAACUGCUUGUUCACAAGGAAGAAAAAAGCCUGAAAGCCAUUCUUCAUGCGGGGUUUACCAUUGACUGUGUCAUUGAAUCACGGUCCAGUGAUGCAUCUUUGUUUGAGGUGACUUGGUCCAAGGCUCAGAGAGGUGAACCACCUGUCAUCAUUUUCAAUGCCAGCCGUGAUGGUACCUUACAAAGUACAAUCAAUGAUAAAGAUCUGGUGUUUGGACACCCAAAAGCCAUGCACUAUAAGCUGACAGUGCCAAACGUCAACCCCACUGAUACUGGCCUGUACCACUGUCAGGUUGUUGAAUGGAUUCAGACAGCUGCAAACAAGUGGAGAAGGUUAGGUGAAGACAAGUCUGGGGUUUUAUCUGUCCAGGUGGAAACUGAGGAAGGACAAAAAAAUGGCAGUUUUGCCAUGGUCAAGAAUGCCAAGGAUCUUGUCAUCAAAGAAGGAGAGCAGUUUGAUCUUGAGUGCUCUCUGGAUGUAGAAAAUGAGAACCCUACUUAUCAAUACAGUCUCAGAUGGGUAUUUAAUAGACCAGAGUCAACUAGCGGGAUACCAUUAUUGUCCUACUCUCAUGACGGUCGCCUACAGUACAAUACAGAGUACCAGGACAGGUUACGCUUCUCUAGACCUUCUUCUGGUACUUUCCGUCUGGAAAGAUUAAACUCUAAUAUAGCUGAUAGUGGAAGCUACCAGUGUAGAGUUGUGCAGUACCAGCUUGAUUGUGAAGGCCAGUGGAAACAAAUGGCAGAAGACAAAUCAGGCUCAACUAUAGUCACAGUUCGCAAUAUCGAAAGUAAACUGCAUGUUCAGAAGGAGAACCGAAUACUUAACAUUACCAAACAUCAGGCUGAGUUCACCAUUGACUGUGUCAUUGACUCACAAACCAGUGACAAGUCUUUCUUUGAGGUCACCUGGUUCAAAGUUCAGGAGAAAGAAGAACCAGUCACCAUGUUCACUGCCAAGCAUGAUGGGACUUUACACACUGCAAUUAGUGAAAAAAAUCUUCUGUUUAGACGACCACUAGCCACACACUAUAAACUGACUGUACCACAGAUCAGCCCCUCUGAUAUGGGGAAAUACUACUGUCAGGUUGAGGAGUGGCUUCUAACUGAUAACACAUGGAUGAAAUUGGGUUCUGAUAAAUCUGGAGAGCUCUCCAUCUAUGUUCAGACUGAAGAAAGUAAACUGCAUGUUCAGAAGGAGAAUCGAAUGCUCAACAUUACCAAACAUCAGGCUGAGUUCACCAUUGACUGUGUCAUUGACUCACAAACCAGUGAUAAGCCUUUCUUUGAGGUCACCUGGUUCAAAGUUCAGGAGAAAGAAGAACCAGUCACCAUGUUCACUGCCAAGCAUGAUGGGACUUUACACACUGCAAUUAGUGAAAAAAAUCUUCUGUUUGGACGACCACUAGCCACACACUAUAAACUGACUGUACCACAGAUCAGCCCCUCUGAUAUGGGGAAAUACUACUGUCAGGUUGAGGAGUGGCUUCUAACUGAUAACACCUGGAUGAAAUUGGGUUCUGAUAGAUCUGGAGAGCUCUCCAUCUAUGUUCAGACUGAAGGUCUUUCUGAAAAAACAACAGACCCGUUGGUACCGGCACUGUGGGUUACUGUUCCUCUGAUUUGCUUUCUUGUAUUGGUCAUAGUAUUGUUGUUGAAAAGGGAUCAAAAGAGGAAUUCUGAACUAAAGAAGAAGAAAGACUGUCUAUGGGCUGAAAAUAACCCACUCAGUCCCAUGCCUGAGGUGGAAGAGGAUUGCUCCUAGUCUGUCGGUACACAUAUCUAGCUUAUUUAACAAAGUAAACUUACCCCUAAAUUUAAGGAUAAUUCUGACCAGACUGUCUCAUUUGUAUUGCAUUUGUAUUGCUUUAACUAUAUUUAUUAUAAGAGGCUAGAUAAGUACAGUAUUUAAACCAGUGGUUCUAAGCUGGUUUCUAUUAGGGCCUUGAUAUCAAGUGGUGACCAAACGCAAAAUCCUACCAAACUAAACAAGCAUGUCCGUUUUUAUGACCAUGACAGAUUUAAUGAGCUCGUCGUUGAAGUUUGAGUUGGGAUUCAUACUCACCAUGUUUCAUGCAUCCUAUAAGUUGCAUUUUAUCUCGCUUAGUUUUGUUCUUGGGUUUUUUAGGGGAUGAAAAUGUCAUGCAACCUGCCAAAUGUUAAUUUAAGCGAAAAAAAAAAAAUUGCAAGUAGUUAGUUGUUUUUGUAUAUAUAUUGAUAUAAGGUUGUUUUCACCCUGCUGUCCAUUGUCCUAUCAGAACAAAACUAUAACAUAUUUUUCAGUUGGUUUUUUGCAGUUGGAAUUGCAUAUUAUUAUAGUUCACAUUUGGAGUUGUGUUGUGUACAUGGCUCUAAACAAAUGAAGUUAUAGUUAAGAUGAUUCUGUAUAUUUUCAAUUGUAUGCAGACAAAUUUAUGACAUUUAUUUCACUUUUUUCAGUUGCUCACAGGCAGUUCAAUAGCAAAUGCGGUCACUGAGUCAGAUCACCACACAUGCUGUUUAGACAUUUCCAUGAUAGACAGGAAGUCAAGAUGUUGUGAGCAGAUCUGCUUAACAAUUGCAUUUCUAUGGUUGUGGCUUUUUUGCUCAAGUAUGUUGGGCUGAUCUCACGAGGAAGGCACAGAUGAAAUCGCUUUCUUCGCCAAAAAUAAAAAAUAAAAUAAAUAAAAAAA